CCUGUCCUCCGGUGGAAGAAAAAAGAGCUAGCAAGGUAGCAAACUGUUUAAUAUCACUCACCAAGUUAAAACGCGGAAAUGUCGCCAGUGUCCGACAUUCAGACCGUGCAGCCUUACAGCCACAGUCGCCACUGAAGUAGAUAUUUGACUGAAAUCUUGAUUCCUACGAAGGAAUGAGCGACACUUUUCAAGGAAGUCGCGCAGCUGGCUAGCGAAAAAGUAGCUAGCUUGGCUGCUAGCUGGCUUUAGCAGGAGUUCUUUGUUUUGUAUUUCAGCUGGAUGUCGGUAAACAUGAAGAAAAACUAGAGGGGACACUUCCUUGAGCAUUUGAGCGUUUAACCAGGAGCUUUUAUAAACAUGCACACUGUUUCUUUAGCAGCUGGUAGAAGAAGUGAACAUUAAUUGUUUCUGAGUUGCCAGAAAAACACAACUAAGCAGCAAAAACCCGAACGCAACUUUAGCAACAAAGAUCUUCAUUAUUAACGCCAGCCAGGACCGGACGGGGACAACACGAAGAUAUGGGCAAUUGUCUCAAGUCUCCGACAUCCGACGACAUCUCUCUGCUUCAUGAUUCCCAGUCAGACAGGGCGAGUUUCGGGGACGGGACAGAUCCAGACCUGGAGCCUCCUCCACCCUACCAGGAGCAGGCUCACAUGCCGAUGUACCAUCCUACGCCCAGUCAGGCCCGUCUGGCCACCCAGCUGACAGAGGAGGAGCAGAUCCGCAUAGCUCAGCGCAUUGGCCUGAUCCAGCACUUGCCCAAGGGCGUUUAUGAUGGAGGGCAAGACGGCUCUGAGAAAAAGAUCAGAGAAUGCGUGAUCUGUAUGCUGGACUUUGUGUACGGGGACCCUAUCCGGUUCCUGCCAUGUAUGCAUAUCUACCACAUGGACUGUAUAGACGACUGGCUGAUGAGAUCCUUCACCUGCCCCUCCUGCAUGGAGCCCGUGGAUGCUGCCCUGCUCUCCACCUACGAGACCAACUGAUUUUUCACCCUUCCUCCCCCCCGUGCUUAGAUCAGCAUGGCCCCUCCAGCUCCAAACCCACACACAAACCCAACAACUGCCCUCUUAAACAGUGAGAGGAGCUGAAAAAUUAUGUUGGAUGUUGUCUUGCACUUUCAAAAAUGUCAAAAUCCACUCACCUAAUGUUGGCCUUCCAUGCCCCCUGGUCUGGCAUUAAAUAAGCUGGUCUUAAACAUCAACACUAGUCAGUAAGAAACAGUUUCCAGACAACCCUGCAUGACUGUGUUUGUGUGUGUUUGUUGUGCUGAAGCAGUGUCCAGUGUCGUGUUAUGUGGAGAGCACGUGGGAUUUGUGUGUCUGUGAGCGGUUUGGUGACUGUGCAUUCCCACUUGAGCUGGUCUCAGUGGUGUUACUUUCCAGCCGACCCCAGUUCACCUCCAUUCCCACUUACUCGUCAUCUAAAUGGACAAUUAGGUUAACAAAUUAUUGACCAAACUGCAGAGAGAUUGCAAAGACUUCCUCAACAUUUUGAUCUCCAUUAACACACACUCUCAUGUUAAAAUGGCCCUACACUUGGAGAUAUGGGAAUACACAAGUGAAGCUGGCACUGUUCGUGUUAAAUAAUAAAGAAGAAAUUUAGCUUUUUUCUGCCCAAUUGGCCAGAAUUACACAAAAAUAUGUGCACACGCUGCAGGUUUCACCCAAAGUUUUUAAAUACACAGGCUGUAUGAUAUCUGUCUUUGGUUGCUCUAAAAUGGCCAGGAAAAAAAUAACGUUUUGUGUUGAAAGAGGAAACCAUUGUUGUGUAACGUGAAUGUUUCACCAGACAGUGUGUAAAGUAGCUGGCAGCCAAUGUAAAGGGCUCAUUUGUGCAUGGGCAGGUGGAUCAGUCAGUAAAAGAAAAUAGAAAUGCUUGCACACUUUCAUCUGAUCCAGAGAUUUGCACUUUACUUAUAGGACAGUAUCUAAAACAAUAUAUUAAUAUAUGUACCUUAUAACCUUGCACUAUCAAUACUUCAUUCCUGUUUUUUCCUGAGAUGCAAAAGUUAUAUAGCUGAGGAAGAUAUUUUCAAAGCUGUCAGUAGUUACUUAUCACAUUACAGUAAGUCUGGAGAUGUAUUUCAUGAAAUCUGUGAUUCAGUAGUGUGAGCCUCUGCUUCGCUCUGCUUGAUUUGACUUGUGUGUUUUUGUGUGGAAGUGAAGGGACAGAGGCUUGCUCCGGUUUGAGAACGGCGAGGCAAGACGUAAGGUGAAUUUUAAGAUGUUUAAUUUUGAAUCUACAAAAAUACAAUGUCACUUUCUUUAUUUUACAUCACUUUUUUUGUUUUAUUACACAAUGAUUGAUGGUUUUUUGUUGCUUUAUUUCCAUUCAUUGUAGCAGUAGUUACAAGGAAAUGUUUGGUGAUAGUGUGGCUGUCUGUUACUGUCUGUUUUACCUUCAUAUUUUUUGUGACAUUUGUGUAAACUUAAUUGUGUACUUGGGACAGUAUAGCUGUUACACUGGUUGAAGCCUGAUUGUGCAAACCUCUGCCCCAACUGAAUUUCAGAGUGUGAGAGUUUUAAAUGAGAUAUCAUGUUUUCCAUUGAGCUUUCCUUUGCUGUUUUUCAAUUUAAGUUUAAACCUAUCCUGAAAAUUAAUAUUUCCUGUAAUCUUGUUUUAUUUCUUUUUUUGUUUGUUUCCUUUUAAUUUUUGGAAGGCUAACAAGCCCUCAUGUAAAAAAAUAAAUGAGGAAAAAAUA